AUGAACUCUUUCAAUGUCGCCACCCAAGCAAAACCUGACGAAAGUAUUCAAUAUUCACCUGUUAUUGAUAGUGAAAAGUUCUCGCAAAUGUCUUUAGUUGAACCAACCCAACAGGUUGUUGAUAACUCUCAACUCGUCGCGGUAAAAAACGAAGAAAAUAUUCACAGUGUUUCUACUUCGGACGACCAAAAAGAACACGGUUCUGCUUCUUUGGUUUCUAAGACGACUUAUACUUGUCACGUUUGUAGCAAAAAGUAUAAACACAGAAACUGUUUGGUUAAACACUUGUGGGAACACCACGAAAGUUGGGAACUGUGUCUCAAAUUUAACUUGACAAAACAUCAGCAGGUUCAGAUGAUGGAGGUAUGUUUUUAUCUUAUCAAUACUAUCCUUACUUCGGCUGCGCAAAUCCUCGUUGAUCUUGCUUGUAUAAAACAACAUUAA